AUGGCGAUGAGAUCUGUCAGCCGUAUGAUAGACUAUGUCAAAUGCAAUAGAAAAAUCAGGUUCGUGUUGGCUACCGCAGUAGUGUUACUGCUACUGGGCAUUGUCUGUGCCAUAUUCUUCGGAUCAUGGGUCCGGAUGUUUAUAGAUCAUGAGCUGAUCCUCCGCCCCGGCUCGAUGACCUUCGAGUGGUGGGCGAGACCCCCGGUGCGACCGUUUGUCAAAGUCUACGUGUACAACGUGACCAAUGCUGAUGAGUUCCUCAAUAAUGGAUCUAAACCGAUCCUUGAUGAGCUGGGACCUUAUGUUUACUCGGAAGAAUGGGAGAAGGUGAAUAUCACGGACAACGAGAAUGGAACCCUUUCAUUCCACUACAAGAGGACUUACACCUUCCAACCAGAACUCAGCAGGGGCAUGGAUGAUGAUGCUGUAGUGGUCCCGAACAUACCUAUGUUGAGUGCAACAUCGCAAUCGAAACAUGCCGCGCGAUUCCUUCGACUGGCCAUGGCGUCUAUCAUGGACAUCCUCAAAAUCAAGCCGUUCGUCGAAGUGUCCGUCGGUCAGCUCCUGUGGGGCUAUGAAGAUCCUCUCCUGAAGCUGGCCAAGGAUGUCGUGCCUAAGGAACAGAAGCUGCCUUAUGAAGAGUUUGGACUGUUUUAUGGCAAAAACGGCACCAGCAGCGACGUAGUAACAAUGUUCACCGGCGCCAACGACAUGACGACCUACGGCAUCAUCAGCCACUACAACAUGAAGGACAAGCUGCAGCACUGGACCAGCGACACGUGCAACAGCAUCGCAGGGUCUGACGGCUCCAUCUUUCCCCCUCACAUCACUAUGAAUGAUACUCUUGCUGUCUAUGACAAGGAUCUCUGCCGAUUGCUGCCUUUGAAAUUCCUCGAAGAGGUGGCGAUAGAUGGUAUUCAGGGCUACAGAUACACUCCUCCUGAAGAUGUCUUCGCCAAUGAUGAGCACAACCGCUGCUUCUGUCCCGCUGGACCUCCCUGUGCACCAAACGGACUCUUCAACGUAUCGCUUUGUCAAUAUGACUCACCCAUCAUGCUAUCGUUCCCUCACUUCUACCUGGCUGACCCUAGCCUCCGUGAGGCCGUGGAGGGCAUCAGCCCACCCAUCCCAGAGAAACACAGACUUUACAUCGACGUUCAACCGGAGAUGGGUAUCGCGAUGAGAGCUCGCGCCCGUAUUCAGAUCAACUUGGCCGUGUCGCAGGUGGUAGACAUCAAGCAGGUCGCCAACUUCCCCGAUAUUGUGUUCCCUAUUCUGUGGUUCGAAGAGGGUAUCGACGAGCUCCCUGAGCAGGUCCGCUCCCUGCUCCGGCUGGCGACGCAGGUGCCCCCGCUGGCGCGCAGUACACUCGGCUGGGGACUGUCCGCGCUCGGACUACUGCUCAUACUGCUCGCUGUCACCUGUCUUAUCAGAUCCUCCCACCGCCAAAGUACGUUAAGACUAGAAGGACACGUGGUAGCGAAACCGCCGCCGGCUAAAACCCCGAGCAAAGACAACGGCUACGAACUAAAUAGUCGAAGAUAA